AUGAAGAGACUGAGAGAUGACUCCGAGCCACAAUCGUUAGAGCCCACUGGGCCCACCAUUCCUCCUAUUGCUGGAGCACCAAUUCAGUGUCCCGACUGUCUCGCACAUUUCACCGACUAUGCCUCAUUCGAGUUACAUGUCUACAACCACAACUUCACAUGUCAUGAAUGCAACAAGUCGUUUCCUUCCAAGGCAUUCCUCAACCUCCAUAUUGAUGAGAACCACAAUCCGUUCCUUAAGAUCAAGCAGGAGCGAGGAGAGAAGAUAUUCAAGUGCUUCUUGUAUUCCCAAGAUGGGUGUACGAAAGUAUGCUCUUCUCCAAAGAAGAGACGCUUACACAUGAUCGACAAGCACGGAUACCCCAAGACGUUCCACUUUGAGGUCGUUAACCGGGGAAUGAAGUGA